UAAUCUGGAUCUGGAAGGGCAGCAUGGGAAGGAUCAGGUCCGGCUACGUCACCGCACCGUGCGCUAUUUAAUUUGUGUUAGCUGCGCUUCGCGAGUAAUCAGGCCGGGCGGGUCAGAGGCCGUGGGAAAGCCGAGGGGAGCGACGCAUCAGCCAGUAUGCCACCGUUUGAGAAAACCCAGCACCCAAAGCCCUUCAAACAGAGGAAAAGUUUUGCAACACGAAAGCAAGAGGUGGCAGGAAUCCGGAGCAAGUUCCCAACCAAGGUUCCGGUGAUUAUUGAGCGGUACCAUCGGGAGAAAUACCUGCCACCUUUGGAUAAAACCAAGUUUCUCGUCCCACAAGAGCUAACUAUGACCCAGUUUGUUACCAUCAUCAGAAACAGAAUGACACUCAUGCCAAGCCAAGCUUUCUACCUGCUCAUCAACAACACUGGCAUUGCCAGCAUGUCUCUGACUAUGGCUCAGGUGUACAAGGACCACAAAGAUGAAGAUGGAUUCCUUUACAUGACCUAUGCCUCACAGGAGAUGUUUGGAUAUUGGGAGGUGGGACCACCUCGAUAGAAUGAGAUGAAGUGUAUAUAGACUGUUGGGUCCCACCCCCUCCCAAAAAAAAAAAAAAUCUUCUGCACUUAGCAAAGUUGUGCCUCUUGUCCUACUUAAGUUUGUAUAUAGUGUUUUUUUUUUUUUUUUCCCCAUUUUUCUCAUUUUCUUUUUAAAAACAUUCCAUGUUGUUUUGAUUGGUUUGUAUAUUUUAAUCAACAAAGUAAUAAAUUGUGCCUGUCA